GUCCCCUUCCUGCUCAUGCACCGGCGCAGAAGCUAGCCCUGGCCCUCUUUCCCCUCCUUUUCCUUCAACUCUUGCCAUCCUAGUCACCUUUGCAGCUCACAAAGCCGUCUCCGCCGGAUCGGAACUUGGGCCAUUGGUGACCAGCGACGUCCGCUGCAUCUGCGACCGCAAGCUCGAGCGAUGAGCAGCCCGUUCUCCCUCGCCACCGUCCAGGCCCAUCCGGACAGGUUCAUAGGGCCACAGGCGAUGGGCAUGUUUCUCGGAGCGCUCGAAAUGGGCUUUCUUAUGUCCCAACUUUGCCGUUUCCUGAUGAGAGUCGAGAAAGAGAGUUGGAGCAUCAGGGUCAUUGUGGCACUGACCGUUUCACUUGCUAUCUUUCAAACCGUGGCAGUGAUGUGGGCGUUCUGGGACGUGUUCGUGAUGAACUUCGGUGAUUGGGAGAAUGCAUUAACCGACACUUGGGUAACGACGGCACAACCUGUCAUGACUGCGUUGUUGGCGUCGCCUGUCCAAGGAUUCUUGAUCUAUCGUUGUUGGCGCCUACUCCAAAGGAAGUGGUACAUCAUCGCUGGACUCGGCGCUUUUGUGGUCGCCUACUUCAUUGCUGCCAUCAAGUUCACGGUGUCUAUCAUACACAUAGACUUCACUCAGGAUCUGGAUACACCAGCAGAUGGGACUGUGCCGAAGAUCCCUAUAGAUUCUACCUACAUCCUGACGUUAACUCUUCCGGCUAUUCUCGAUGUGCUGCUUACUGGGAUAUUGCUCAACUUUCUCCUCCGCUCGCGACAUUCCGCCUAUUCAGAUCGUUUCCAAAAUGUGAUCUUCCGGCUCAUGAUGAUCGCAUGGGAAGCCGCCGUACCGCCAUGUCUGUGCGCCAUCGUCGCGCUCGUUACAUACGUCACGCUCCUUGAGAAGAAUUGGUGGGAGACGAUGUUUCAGGCUGUCCUUGGGAAGCUAUACGUUAUUUCGUUGCUUGCGACUCUGAACGGCCGUGCAGAGUUGAAUAAGUAUCAUCGGCGGAAUGGGAUGCCCUCGAUUACAACCAUUCGAUCGGCCCAUUAUGACUAUUCGCUUCCUCAGUUCCAUAAUUUCGCGGUCAAUACAAAAGUAGCGGACACACCCAACGGCCCCGAUGCCUUCCUCUCCGACUCUGAUCCCUCUGAACUCGAAGCAGCUGGCCAGUCCAGCCUACACUACUCCCACUCCCACUCGCGAUACAACGAUGACUCGUCCGCCGACCCAGAGAGCCUGACAAUGCACUCGUCGACCUCUAAUUCAAAUUCAAAAACAAAACGCAAAUCGGGGAGUAUCAAAUCGGGCUCGUUGAUCAGUACGGAUCUGUCGCAUUCGAGACGACAUCCGGAGCUAGGGGGUGAGAGGGUAAGGUUGGACAGUAUCGUUGAUUUGGACGAGGAAGGGGAUGGUGGCCGUGGGAAGGAUGAUACGACUAAGAGGCGGAGAGAGGAGGAUGAGCCGUUGGAGCUUGCGCCAGUGCAUCUGGAUAGUAAAGAUAAGGUACAUACGCCGGGGAGCGGACGGUUCGAGGUGCUAUGAGUUUUGUAUCUUGAGCCGCUAGGGCAAGAGAUGUGCUGAUUAGUGUUGUUGCUUUCUUGGUUUUGUGAAGCGCUUGAGCGAGCGGGACGAGGCGAUGCAGAGCGCAGCGCCCGCCUUUCGCUCUGUAAUUGUAGGUCUAUUCAUCCGGGUCAGGUUGGGCACUAUGGACUAUCUUCAUUCAUACAUAUAUGCAUGCAUACGUACAUACCGGAUUUAUGGGUGUUU